CAAUGGCGAAAUUGAGAGCAAAUCGUGUUGUUCUUCAUAAUCCGGCGUCUAGGUCAUCAAAUUGGAAGAGAAAGGUGAAACAAAGUCGUAACCAAUCAUCCGUGAUGAUCAGCUCCACUGUCGGUGGUCACCAACAUAAGUUCGGUGGACCAAAUCAGUGCGUUCGGCAAAUAGUUAGGCGAUUCCAUGCUCCAAUCGCUUAAUCACGAUAAUGGACCUUGUGGACGAGUUAUUUGUGUUUAUAUUCACUAGUUUGAAUAACAAAUGCAAAAAGGAACUUGAAGCUAUUGGAAAACAAUACCCAUUUAAACCUUUGAAGUUUCUUGAAAAGACAUUGAGGUUAACGUUUGAAGAAGGGGUUCAAAUUCUUAAGGAAGCUGGUGUGGAGAUUGAUCCUCUUGGCGAUCUAAACACUGAAUCUCAGAGAAAACUUGGCCAACUUGUACUGGAAAAGUAAUCCAUCACUUAUUUUAGUUUUCAAAAUGAUUUAGUUAUUUAUCUCAGAGUUACAAAGUUGUUAAUUUAAAUUUUUUUUUUUUUUAAGAAACCCAUUUAAGGAUUCUACCAUUAGACAAAGAAAAUUUUAAGGAUU